AUGAUCGCUCUUGCCCAGCAAACUCCAGAUGUCGAGGACCAGCUUCUGCGUUCUGAGUUGUGCACGAUCGUCGCCAUCAUGAAUUACAGGAUCAAGGGCAAGGAGUACCAGGAUCCUAUCACCUGUCCGAUUAUGGUCCUGUCGUUCAAGGGCGACAGGCAGGGUCGGAUUCUCCAGGCCCGCUUCGACCCUAAGAAGCGAACGCUGGUGAUGCGAAAGCUCUAUGGUUGA